AUGGCCGACCUCAAAUUAUUUUGUCUUGUUGAUGGCGAGCCCACAUCGAGUGCCUUUUCUGUCAAGAUUGCCGCAACAGAAACCAUUGAUGACCUCAAGAAGCGCAUCAAGGCCGAGAAACCUGACACGUUUGAUAUAGAGGCCGACCUGCUCACUCUCUGGAGUGUCACAGUCCCCAUCACUGAUAAGGAUGAGCUGCCAGUCAAACUCGACACCCUGAAUGAGAAGAAGAAACUCUUUCCCAGGACUCUUCUCUCUCAGGUGUUUCCACAAGAGCCAGGCGACGACGACUAUAUCAUAGUACAACGCCCGCCACCAGGCAAAAGGAGGGCAGAAGGAGAUAAUGACCCCUCCAAAAGACUCAAGACAAACUUCUUACGUGCGAUUGAGAACGCGGGAUUUGCAGACAGGGAAACAGUGGAUGGCGUACUCAAAUUUUCUGCCCUAAACCAAAAAGAAAAGGUCGCUGUAUUGAAACAUCUUGGCCAGGAAACUCUGGCGGAUUCUGCAUUCCGGUCACUGCUCGAGACAGCGCGUGCUCUCCGGGAGAAAGGCACUGACAUACAAUUUUUGGAAUCAAUAUCUGCACCUUCCGGCACUCUGUUUCCUAUUGUCGACACACAGGAUCUAUACGUCAGGGAGGAUUACAAAAAACUUUAUCUGGAUAUCACCUCCACAUUCACGGAUACCUUAUCGCCACUCCAGAAUCGCAUCGUCGUCACCGGCACCUCUGGCAUUGGCAAGUCAGCGUUCUUGGUGUACUUUACUAUCCGACUUCUUUCAGAAAGCGAUGGUGACAACCCUCCUAUUAUCGUUUUCCACACGAAACGGAGUUCAACAUGCUAUGUUUAUGGAGGGAUCUCCACUGUAUGCAUCGGAGAGGUCAGCGAUUUUCAAGCCUUUCUCGAUCUGCCUGGAACGUGGUAUUUAGUCGACAGCUCCCCAGACCCAGUGCUCGGCCCAGCCAAGACUAUCCUAUCAGCAUCGCCAAAGACCCUCGUGGAGCAAUACAAAGAAGUAGCCAAAGAAUCACCACGGUAUUACUACAUGGCGCCUUGGGGGUUGAAUGAACUGGAGAAGUGCCGAGUCAGCGUCAAGAGUUUCAAUGUGGUCAAGCCGGAUUUUAUGGAGAAGCUUUACGUUAAGAUGGGAGGAGUACCGAGAUAUGUCCUGAAAUCUCCGUCGGUUGUACUGGGACGAGAUAGGAACGCCACUGCUGAAGCCGAGAAUGAAGCAUAUCAUCGUGUCGAUGAGGCCAUUAAGCGCGUCAGGGAUCCAGCUAUGCUCCUGGAAUGCUUUGCUAAUGGAAGAGAUUCCUUAGAGUUUAGCAGCCGUAUUCUUCACCGAUGGCCCACUGUGGAUAACAAAAACUACUACUUGGCAUGGGCCUCACCACAUAUCCAGCAAGAGAUCGUCAUGCAACUGAAGGAUAAAUCAUGGGCCGUCUUAUUGAGGAAUCUCGUUCACGGUGGCCAAGAGAUUGCGAGGGGCCCUUUGUUUGAACUAUACGUACACUACAUCUUCCGAAAGGGAGGCUUUUCCUUUGAAAUCAAAGACCUUGAGACAGGAACAGCAUGUGCUCAUCUCGACAUUCCGGCUAAUUCACCAGUCAAGCAUAUCCAGUCACUGGACGAACUUUCGGGGCUAUCCGCAGAGCGCAAAAAAGGGUCUAAAAUGCCUUUGUUCAUACCGACUAUCCCUAACUUCCCAUGCAUCGACCUGGCAUUGGCACCCGACAAAUUGUUCCAAGCAACAGUGUCUUUGAACCACCCGAUCAAGCAAGCACCGCUCAAGGAAAUCGCAGAAAGCAUCCUUGGGGAUGAAUGGAAGAAGAGCGGCAAAAACAGAAAACACCUUGGGCUUUACUUUGUAGUACCAAACAGGAUUUAUGCCGACUUUAAGGCUCAGGAUUACUCCACUGGCACCGGAGCGGCUUCUAAAAAAGUGCCUGCGAUCGAACAACAGCAAUACGAUGCAUCAUGGUAUGGUCGCUAA